AAUUAGGAAAUAUAUCAAACAUUCCAUUAGUUAACAUUGUUAUUUGUUGUACAAUGGGUUCGUUAUGUUCAAAUGCUAGCAGAUCGAUUCCAAGAGUUGUUCAAAAAAAUUCAAAUACACCAAGAACAUCACAAUUACAAGUACCUAAAUUACAACCCAAAGUUGCUAAACAAGAUGCAAACUCCACAACAUUAUCUGUUCCAUSCAAAAACAGACUUGCGACACUAUCCAAUCAGCCAGGAAGUGGAAGUAUAGCAGAAAUUACUAAGAAUGCAGCAGGAGUUGCAAUAGGAAAUGCAGUAGGUACAAAAAUAUCAAAUAUGUUGAAUGGUAAAAAAGAUGUUGAAGAAACAGUCGAAUCAUCAAUGGAGUCAGAUUUUAAAAAUGAAGAAUUAAUUGAAGAUGACAGUAAUGGACAAGAUAAAGAAAAUUACAACAGUGAUGGAGAAGACAAAGAAAAUGAUAAUGAUUCAGAUCAACAACAAUAA